GCUUUCAAUCAGGAUAUAAAGCGAAAAGGCGCUACGGUAAAGACUGGUGUAAAAGCGCAAGGAAAUUUAUGCGGCGGAUAAGAGGCGGCUGGCUUGACCGCGGCUCACAAAUGACGGCUCACUUUACCGCGGUAAGCGUGCAGACCGUGAAUUGGGACAACAUGGACACAGCCAACGUCCUUGAAAUCCGGGAAACUGAGGACGCAGAGGCACUGGAGUAACCUUCGUCGCCUCGCUGUGACGUAAUGGGCCCUCGAAGGCUGCAGCCCCGGACUUAGCUGUUAGCAGCUGUUAGCCUGUGGAGCUGUCAUCACCGACCCCGACACUCCGCGGAUAAACCGUCACACCGUGAAGAAGGAUGCUGUCUGCAGUGAGAGCUGCUCGGUGCGCCGUCAGAUACCUCAGGGGUAUCCGUACCUCUGCCAUGGACACAGGAUACCAGCAGGCUAAUGUGGUCGUCCUGCCAAACCAGCUCGCCGAUGACUUCCAUGCCUUCUGUCGCAGUAACCCCGCCCCCCUGCCGCUCCUUUAUCGCAGCCAGUCGGGAGAGACUUCCUGUCCGCCUCUGGCUCAGCACGCUGACAUCAGGACGGACAUCUCGCAGUACUGUGUGUAUGAGGAUGGUCGGCUGGUGAAAACCGUCUCCAGCCUGCAGACGUACAGUGACGCACACAGGUCUCCACCCGGGCAGCAGGCGGAGCGUCCCGGGUCGUGGUCGGACAUGGUGUGUUUCUAUCUGGGCUGCAGCUUUGGCUUCGAGGGCCGACUGAAAGAAGCCGGAGUCCCCGUCAGGAACGUGGAGCAGGGCAGGAACGUCAGCAUGUACAGGACUGCAGUUCCCUGUGUUCCUGCAGGAGCGUUCAGCUGCCCUCUGGUGGUCACGAUGCGUCCCGUCCCAGCUGCUCUGUUGGAUGCAGCAGUGAAGGUCACUCAUCUCAACCCACUGGCACAUGGAGCUCCUGUACACAUAGGAGAUCCAGCUCUCCUCGGCAUCCAGGACCUGUCCAGGCCGGAUUAUGGUGAUGCGGUGGAGCUGCAGCCUGGUGAUGUCACAGUCUUUUGGGCGUGUGGUGUGACCGCGAUUGAGGCGAUCCUCAGCAGCAAGCCUCCGUUGGCCUUCAGCCACUCGCCCGGCUGCAUGUUCCUCACCGACAUUCCUGACUCACCUACUUCCACCAUAACUCCGCCCACUGAGGCCAAACCCCAUCCUGAGCUGACCCCCCUGUGCUUCCAGGUGUCCCAGAAUCCCUUGCUGUACAGCCUGGUCUCUCAGGGGACGGCGGCGAAGAUCAGACAGCUGGAGGUGAUGAUCGGAGAAGAUCCAGGUGAGCGAGGGAUCAGAGCUUUAUUCGUUCAGGAUGAACUCCUGCGCUCCUGUCUGGCUCUAUCCCAUUCCUCCUCUGUUGCCAUAACAACGGGCUUCCCAACACACUACAUGCACAGCCCUCCCGAUGAAACCGACGGCCCACCAGGAGCAAUUGCCAUGGCAACCAUGCUGCUGUCUCUGGGGAAACAGGUGACCAUGGUGACGGAUCGCCGGGCGCUGGAGAUGAACCGCACCAUCAUCGAUGAAGCAGUGAGGACGGGAGUCCUGAAGGAUGCUAUCCCAUUGGUCACAUUUGAAGACGGUGGUCCAGACGCUGCGCGGCACUUCCUGUGUCACCAUGGAGACCCUAACAAGCCCAGAUUUGACCACCUGGUGGCGAUAGAGCGCAGCGGACGCGCCGCAGAUGGGAACUACUACAACAUGAGAGCAGUGAACAUCAAACAUCUGGUGGAUCCCGUGGACGACCUGUUCAUCGCUGCCAAGCACAUACCUGGAAUCGGCACCACAGGAAUCGGUGAUGGUGGGAACGAGCUGGGGAUGGGGAAGUUGAAGGAGAAGGUGCAGAGCCUGAUGCCCAAAGGCGGCCUGAUCGCCUGUGAGGUUCCUGCAGACCACGCCGUCACCGCAGGCGUGUCUAACUGGGGAGGCUACGCUGUGGCCUGCGGGCUCUACCUGCUCCACACCUGCCCAGCACACCUGCGCUACCUGAGGAAGGGGCUGGGACUGGAACCUGUGACCUCCACGGAGCAGCUGCAGGACUGGACCACUAACCUGCCGUCUGUGGAAAAGGAGGAGUCCUUCCUCUCCACUCUGGUCCGGUUUGGGAUCCGAAGCGGGAAAACUGGUCACCUGGCCAUGGAGGUGGAUGGCCUGACCUUUCACCCCACCCACUCUGACAUGAUCACCAGACUGCUGGAAGCGACACGAGGAGGGCGCGGCACGUUUUAAUCAGAACUCUUUAUUAUUCCCUGAUGUGAUCCCAAUCCUGAUGCAGGGAAACACAGAGGAAGGAGGAGAGGAGUGUGAGGGUGCUUAGCUGCUGCCUGGUAACCGCUCAGCCUGCCUUUAAAUGCUCACAAAGCAGAGUGACCCCCGCGAGAUGCAUCGCUGCUUGUACCGUGUGAGCAGAUGUACAGAUUUUAUUGCAGCACUCAUCAUCGUUGAUGAGGAUGAUGAGGGAACAUGUUUGGGUCGAGGCUGUGAAAGGCUCCACCCAUGCCCCACAAAUCAGUUUGUUCUGGAAGCGCCUCAGGCCACGUGAACCGUUUGUGCUCCUGCAGCUGGAAGGACGUCCACCUCGAGGUGCAGAGCUGAGGGAAGCAGCUGAAAUGUGUCUCGACUGUCAGUCAAAGAGGCCACGCCCCCAUUAAUGCAACCUUUAAACCUUAAUAAUGAUAAUAAUAAUAAUGAGUUAAUACAAGUUAACCUGGUGUUACGAGGGAGAAAAUUGUCUCUAGAGACAAAACAGUUUGUGCAUCAGGCUGCGAGCAGGUUUCAUUUUACCUGGGAGUCUAUGGGACCGACUCACUGCUGCCUCUGCUGGAUGCUGGGGGAACUGCAGGGUAAAAUCGUCCUCUCUCUGUGUUUGUUUGUCAGUAAAUGAGCUGAAGAUGAUUUAUAUGUUUUGUAGAAAUGAGAUAUGAAUAAAAGAAUCUGCUCAAACCUGG